UAGCUAAUUAUAUGACCAGAUUCAGAUUAAUGUAUAAUGCAAUCCAUUUCUAUAUAUAUGUAUAUAAAAUAAAGGGAUGCAUACAGAAACUUGAUAUUAUUAGAGAUUGAGCAAUGGGGAGUAACAGCAGCAGCAAGUCAACCACCAAUCCAGCACUGGAUCCGGAUCUCGACAAGCCGGAUCAGUCGGGUCUGAAGUUUGCCCAAUUUGCUGCCGGCUGCUUUUGGGGAGUCGAAUUGGCGUUCCAGAGGGUUGGAGGAGUAGUGAAGACGGAGGUUGGGUAUUCUCAGGGGAAUGUCCAUGACCCGAAUUACGAACUUAUUUGCUCCGGAAAAACCGAACAUGCCGAGGUAAUUCGGAUCCAGUUUGACCCGAAUGUCUGUCCCUAUUCCAAUCUUCUUUCUCUAUUUUGGAGUCGCCAUGACCCGACCACUCUAAAUCGCCAGGGUAAUGAUGUGGGAAAGCAAUACCGCUCAGGAAUAUACUACUAUAAUGAUGCUCAGGCUCAACUGGCAAGGGAAUCAUUGGAAGCUAAGCAGAAGGAAUUUACGGAUAAGAAGAUUGUCACGGAAAUUCUUCCUGCUAAGAGAUUUUAUAGAGCUGAAGAAUAUCACCAGCAAUAUCUAGAGAAGGGUGGGGGCAGAGGUUGCAAGCAGUCGGCUGCAAAGGGAUGCAAUGACCCAAUAAAGUGCUACGGUUGACAGCAAUUCUUUGAGUGACAGCACCUUUCUUCCUCCAGUCAAUAGAAGGAGGGACAUUAUCCUCGUUGGCAUACAUGAAAGUUUCAUUUGCUCGUGAAGCUCCAAGCAAAGUACGAUGAUGCUUAAUCUUGGAACCAGCAUAAUGCUGUCUGAAUUCAUGGUUAGUCAUGUCUGCAAACUUAUUCAGUUUCAACUUAUAAGGCUUAUCCUUCUUGUUGAAGUUGUGAACAUAGUGAACAUUAGCCUUAAACACAUUAAACCUCUUGUGUUUCUCGUCAA